UGAACCUCAUCAGAUUUCUUUUGGCCCAAUCCUCCAAUUUGUCUAGGUCACUCUGGACCCUAUCCCUGCCCUCCAGCGUAUCCACCUCUCCCCCAAGCUUAGUGUCAUCUGCGAACUUGCUGGGGCACAGCACACCCUGCCCCUCUGCUGUGCCCAGCUCAUCCUGCCCCGGGGCUGUGGGGCUCAGCUCGGCCCUGCAGUAUUCCCUGGAGAGCUAAGGACUGCCGCCGUUUCCCCCCCUCCAAGGCCAGGCUGGGUGCCUCCCACUCCAGUGAGUCCAUAUACUCGGGCUGGAGCCCCCUCGCCCCAGACUCUAGGGGCUUGGGGGAGGGGAGCAUCCCCCCACGCACUGCGUGGGGCUCCCUUGCUCGCUCACUCUGGGGCUCAGCAAGUAGCAGCAAAACCAGAGUCUAUUUCUGACCCACCACUUCCUCCCUCUGUGACCUCGGAGCAGCCCUGCCUGAGAGCGACUCCCAGCCCAGGCCGCUCACACAGGAGACUAACACCUUCCCCCACGAUUUGAAUCCAUUUUGCAAAUCAGAUUUUGUGGGGCUGUGUCAAACUGUCACUAUUGUCCAGCCAGUCAAGUCCCCCCAGAACCCAUGGCCCAGGGUGGUCACUGAGCCACAAACCCCAUGGCCAGAUCCCCCCGAUGGGGGCAGUGCCCCAAAACCCCUGCCCCCAGGGCUGCACGGCUAGGUGUCGGGGCAGCAGUCCAUUGGGGAAUUUGUGGAACUAUUCAGACCCUCCCAAAAAACAGUGCGGGAGAGGCGAGCCUGGAAAAUGCAAAGGGGACCUGACCACAGGCAAAUGAGCUGAGCAAGCUGCAGCAGGCGUGGGGAUGGGGCACAGGGUGGUGGCUUGGGGCUGGUAUACGGUUCACACCCAGGGCCAGGGGAAGGGGCAUUCUCGGGUGACUGUUCUACUCAUGGCCUCCAACAGCAUCGCCCCUGCCUGCUGUGUGGGGGAGAGGAGCCGGCUCUCUGUGGCUCGCGCCAUGGGCUUGGGGAUGGAGCUGUGCAGCCCCCAGGCACACAGCGCCCUGCUGCGGCUGCAGGACUCUGAGCUGCGCCUCCUGGAGCUGAUGAAGAAGUGGAUGGGGCAGCGAGCCAAGAGCGACAGGGAGUAUGCGGCCCUCCUGCACAACACAUUCUGCCAGCUGGAGAAGCAGGAGGGCUUCGGGCAGCCCCCGCCAGGAGACUACAGAAGCCAGAUCAGCGAGUCCUGGUGGGUGCUGGCGAACCAGACGGAGGUGCUGAGCCAGAUCCUGCGGCGCCAUGCAGAGGACCUGGCCGCCGGGCCCCUGAGCAAGCUGAGCCUGCUGAUCCGCGACAAGCAGCGGCUCCGCAAGGCCUACGGCGAGCAGUGGCAGCAGCUGAGCCAGGACUACGUCAGGACAAACCAGCAGGAGGUGGAGAAGCUGAAGUCGCAGUACCGGAGCCUGGCCCGGGACAGUGCCCAGGCCAAGCGCAAGUUCCAGGAGGCCAGCAAAGACAAGGACCGGGACAAGGCCAAGGACAAGUACGUGCGGAGCCUGUGGAAGCUCUACGCCCUGCACAACCAGUACGUGUUGGCCCUCAAGGCUGCCGAGCUUCACCAUACGCUGCACUUCCAGCAGGCGCUGCCCGCCCUGCACCGCUCCCUGCAUGGCCUGCACCAGGAGAUGGCGCUUGUCCUGAAGGAGAUCCUGCAGGAGUACGCCGAGGUCAGCAGCCUGGUUCAGGAGGAGGUGGGCUCCGUGCACCAGGAGAUCACUCGCGCCAUCCAGGCGAUCGACCCCGCGACAGAAUACGACAGCUUCCUCCAGCAGCACAGGUGUGUGAGCGAGAUCCCGCCCAGGGUGACCUUCGACGAGAGCCUGCUGGAGGAGAGCGAGAACCUGGAGGCCGGCGAGCUGCAGCUGAAUGAGCUGACAAUAGAGAGCGUGCAGCACACCCUGACGGCCUUGGAGGAGGAACUAGCCACUGCCACGCAGACCAUGAGCAGCAAAGGGCAGCGCGUCCAGGACCUGCAGGCCGAACUCCUGGGCGAGGAGCAGAGCGUGGGGCCCCGGGAGCGGGUGCACCUGCUGGGGAAGCGCCAGGCUCUGCAGGAGGCGCAGCUGCAUUUCCAGGUCUCCCUGUGCGCCCAGGCCAAGCUGCAAGCCCAGCGGGACAUGCUGCACCACAAGCUGGACCAGCUGGGCUCCCGCCCCCCCCGUCCAGCCCUGCCCCUGCAGGACGACAGGAACUCCCUCUCCUCCACGGAGCAGGAGCAGGAGCGCCCAGGAGCCAGCGCGCUGGAGACCCUCAGGAAUCACAUCUCGGGCAUCUUCCGCCCCAAGUACUCAGUGCCGCCCCCCCUGCCGCUCCUCCCCGAAGUGCAGAAGCCCCUGUGCCAGCAGACCUGGUACCACGGCGCCAUCCCCCGGGCGGAGGUGCAGGAGCUGCUGCUCCACAGCGGGGACUUCUUGGUGCGGGAGAGCCAGGGCAAGCAGGAGCACGUGCUGAGUGUGCUGUGGGACGGGCUGCCCCGGCACUUCAUCAUCCAGGCCUGCGACGACAUGUACCGUCUGGAGGGCGAGGGCUUCUGCACCAUCCCACUGCUCAUCGACCAUUUCCUGCAGACCCGGCAGCCCGUCACCAAGAAGAGCGGAAUCAUCCUGGCCAAGCCCAUCCCCAAGGACAAAUGGGUGCUGAACCAUGAGGAUGUGGUGCUGGGCGAACGCAUCGGGCGGGGUAACUUUGGGGAGGUGUUCAGCGGCCGCCUGCUCACUGACAACACCCCAGUGGCUGUGAAGUCCUGCCGCGAAACCCUCCCGCCGGAGCUCAAGGCCAAAUUCCUGCAGGAAGCCAGGAUCCUGAAGCAGUACAGCCACCCCAACAUUGUCAAGCUCAUUGGCGUCUGCACCCAGAAGCAGCCCAUCUACAUCGUCAUGGAGCUGGUGCAGGGAGGGGACUUCCUGACCUUCCUGCGCAGCGAGGGGCUGCAGCUGAAGGCAAAGGAGCUGCUCAAGAUGACGACGAAUGCUGCUGCUGGGAUGGAGUACCUGGAAAGCAAGCACUGCAUCCACAGGGACCUCGCAGCUCGCAACUGCCUGGUGACGGAGAAGAACUCGCUGAAGAUCAGUGACUUUGGGAUGUCGCGGGAGGAGGAGGACGGGGUCUAUGCCUCCACAGGAGGCUUGAAGCAGAUUCCUGUGAAAUGGACAGCGCCAGAGGCACUGAAUUACGGCCGCUACUCCUCAGAGAGCGAUGUCUGGAGCUUCGGGAUCUUGCUGUGGGAAGCCUUCAGCCUCGGCGCCACCCCCUAUUCCCACCUGAGCAACACCCAGACGCGAGAAGCCAUUGAGCAAGGGGUGCGGCUGGACCCUCCCAAGCAGUGUCCUGAGGACGUGUACAGGCUGAUGCAGCGGUGCUGGGAGUACGAUCCCCGGAAACGGCCCAGCUUCAGCACCAUUCACCAGGAGCUCGUCAGCAUCCACAAGAGGCAGCGGUAACAGACCGUGGGCUCCCAGGCCAGGAGACGCUGCCCUGGGCUGGAGCUGUCAGCCCCAGGGCCCCUUGGGCAGAGCCCACGUUGUGCCAGCCUCCCCGCAGCAGCACUGCAAAUGCCCGGCGUGCCUGCCCCUGGACUCGUCUUCCACCAUGGCCUGGGGCAUCGCAGGCUCCAGCUGUCGCCGUCGGCCAGACCCAGGCUAUGUUUGUUGCCUCCUGGGUGCCGAGAGACCCUGGGCCGUGGGGUCUCCAGCCUGCACAGCGCCAUCCCCUGGGCCUGCCCCAGCUGUCAGGCUGUGGGACAGAUGGGCCAAGAUCUUCUCAUCUGCCUUUUUUUUGGGGGGAGGGGGGGCGCGAGGGACAUAUUUCCUGUGGAAUAAAAGCCACCCCCUCCUCACCCA